AUGCGUCACCGACCAUUAUCAGCUUCAAUCCUACUAACAGCACUCGCCGUCACCCUCUUUCUCUACUUCCGAUUCCGAACCUACGACCUGGUCUCGAUGGGUCUUUGCCGUGUCGCACCUUUCUCCUCUUCCUGUACAUCCACUGAGACCAUGCUCCAACCUUCGCUCUCCGAACCAGCAAAACACAAGAUCUACAAAGGGAAGCACGGUCGCACACGCGGCAGAGUUUCGCUCUCCAUCGGCUCGAUCAACAUUCGCUACUCCCGCAAUGCUGCAUUCGACUCUUCUCAGUCGAUGUUCGACAAUCUUCUCUCUGCUGCACGCAUGGGUGCGGGUCCAUCCCAGUUCGCAGCAUCUAUCCACCCUGCUGGAUCGCCAUACCUCACAAAGCAGUACAGAGGGGAGAGGAGCUGGUUGCUCCGGGGGCCAAAAAUUGCCGACACGCCGUUGUUCUACGACUGGGACCUAUUCGCAUUUCAAGAAGUGCUCGAUGGGCAAUAUGGAAAUCUCGUCCAAUGGUUAGGGGAGGAAUACGAUCAUGCAGGGGUAGGAAGGGAUGAUGGGAAACGAGCAGGUGAAGCAGUACCUGUGUUUUGGAGGAGAGACACCUUCGAACGCGUUUCCGCUGAUCAAGGAGGAGUGGGGAAGGAUGGUGUUGAGCAUUUCUGGCUCUCCCCAACACCAGACGUAGUUGGCAGUGUAGGAUGGGAUGCAGCACUCACUCGAAUGUGCACACAUGUCAGCUUGAAGCUCUUAGCAACAGGAGAAAUCGUCCACGUCUUUUCGACACAUUACGAUCAUCAAGGAGUCCAAGCUAGAGCAAAGUCGAGCGAGCUUAUUGUCCAACGUGCCAGACAAGCUUCUGCUCACACCGAGGCCCACUACUCCUCCCAAGCAUCUUCCUCGCUUAAGCAACUGGAGGAGCCAUUGAUAGUGCUCAUCGGCGACCUCAACUCUCCACGAAACGAAGGAAGCUGGUCCACCCUCGUCUCACCACACUACUCUCUUCCGGCAAACUCGACAGGAUCGACAUUCCUCGAUAUAGCGCUUUCCGUUCCCACUCGUUUCAAGUCGCCGUUGUUGACGGAUAACGAAGAUUCAUUGCGAUCGGAAUACUCUUCUGGUCGUCGUACUCCUCCUGCUCCUCCUUCGGGAGACGAGGGGAAGAGCGGAGGAAUGCUUUCCGAGCCAGUAGGUCCACUACGAACGUUUACAGACUUCCUACCAUCUCCUCGUAGAGCCAUUGAUGAUAGGAUCGACUUUAUCAUGAUCCUCGACAACGAAGCUGUUUGGGAUGAGACGAGGAAAGAUGCGGUAUUGGAUCAUUCCAAAUCGCCUGCCCCUCCACGAAGCCCCGCAGCGGGUAUAAAAUGGGCUAGAGACCAAGCAUCAGCUGCUGUAAGAGAGGAGGUGAAGAGGGUAGUAGUCACUGAUACAAUGGCGAAGAAUAAAGAUGGAGACAAUGAGAAGUGGAGGAUACAGGCGUUUGGUACGCUGCCAAAUUGGAGUGAAGGAGAUGCAGGAUAUUUGAUCUCGGAUCAUCGACCUGUGAUGGCUAGGAUACAGAGGGCCGUCGCUUUAUAG